AUGGCGGUAGGAGGAGCUGGAGAAGGAGGAGGAGACGGGGGACUAGUGGACGAGAAGAGAUCGUCUAUAACGGGGUCCGAGACGCCGCCGCCGUCGACCAAGCCGGGAGAGCUGCAGCGGGGGCUGUCGGGGCGCCACCUCAACUUCAUCGCCAUCGGCGGCACCAUUGGCACGGGUUUCUUCCUGGGCAGCGGAACCGCUCUGUACAAGGCCGGACCGCUAGGCUGCCUGCUCUCGUACCUCUUCGUCGGCACCAUCAUGUACUCAGUCAUGGUGUGCCUGGGCGAGAUGGCCACCUUCAUCCCGACGGCCGGCGCCUUUUCGUCCUACGCCACUCGCUUUGUAGACCCGUCGCUGGGAUUUGCCGUGGGCUGGCUCUAUUGGUUUAGCUGGGCCAUCACGUACGCGCUCAGCCUGACGGCAGCCGGCAUGAUCGUGCAGUACUGGAACCCUGACAUCAACAUCGGGAUCCUGAUUGCCGUGUUCUGGGUCGUUUUCACGGCCGUCAACUACCUGCCCGUGCGCAUAUACGGCGAGCUCGAGAUGUGGCUGUCCAUGCUCAAAGUCAUCACCAUCAUCGGCUUCAUCAUCUUCGGCAUCUGCAUCGCCGGGGGCGCCGGCGAGGAAGGGCGACUGGGCUUCCGGUUCUGGGGCGACCCAGGCCCGUUCGCCGAGUACAAGGUCACGGGGGCCGCGGGCAAAUUUGUGGGCUUCUGGGCGGUGCUGAUCCAGGCGUCCUUUGCGUACCAGGGUGCCGAGCUGGUGGGCGUUGGCGCCGGCGAGGCCCGCAACCCCCGCAAGACGGUACCUGCCGCCAUCCGUAACACCUUCUGGGGCGUCCUCUUCCUCUUCUGCGCCACCAUCUUCCUGCUGGGCAUGCUCGUGCCCGCUAACGACGGUCGGCUGCUCACGGAGGCCUCGGACGCCUCGGCCUCGCCCUUGGUCAUCGCUGCCGUCCGCGCCGGCGUCAAGGCGCUGCCCGACAUCAUCAAUGCCGUGCUGCUGACGGCGGUGCUCUCAGCCGCCAACUCCAACGUCUACUCUGGCAGCCGCAUCUUGGUGGCGCUUGCCGAGGAAGGCCAGGGGCCUGCGUUCCUCAAGAAGAUGACGUCGGCUGGUAUCCCGUACUAUUCCGUGGCCGUUACGUCCGCCUUCGGUCUUCUCGCUUUCUUGAAUCUCUCGUCAGAGGGUGGCCGCGUCUUCAGCUGGUUCCUCAACAUUAGUGGUGUUGCAGGACUUGUGACUUGGGGAUGCUGCUGCCUGUCUUAUGUGGGAUUCAAGCGCGCUCUCGAGGCGCAGGGCAUUCCUCGCUCCGAGCUACCCUACAUUUCGCCGUGGCAGCCCUACAAUGCUUGGUACGGGCUGUUCUUCUGCUGCCUCAUUGCUCUCACCCAGGGCUUCACAGUCUUUAUUGAGUGGGACGUUAGCGACUUCUUCGCCAACUAUAUCAGCCUCAUCUUCUUCGCGAUCCUCUGGCUGGGCCACAAAAUUGCGCUGCGGCAGCCCUUCGUCAAGCCCAUCGAAGCGGAUCUAGCCCGGGGACGCCAUCUCGAGGGCGACGAGCAGCUGCCGGGCCAGGUACCCAUCCCAAAAGAAGCGUAA